CCGUCAGUUGAGCCCGGAAUGCUGAGCUGUAGAAAACAACUAAUUUCACGGCUGCUCCGCCGACAAGCGAGCACUUUGGCUCGCGGAGGCUAUGUGGAGGUACAGGAAGAGCAGGGUCAGCCUCUCAAAUACCCACAAGUUUGGCUGAGGGACAACUGCCAGUGUGCCGAGUGCUUUCAUGCCGCCACCAGGGCCAGAAAAAGUCACUGGGAGCGUGGACCAAUUAAUCAAAAGGUCUCCCAAGUGGCCUACAACCAGGAGAAGAAGCAGUUGGAGAUUCUCUGGCAGGAUAAGCACAAGAGCUCCUUCGAUUUGGCCUGGCUAAGGGAGAGGGACUUUGGUGAGGCGGCCAGGGAGCGCUACUUGUCGGAGGUUUACAAGCCACGAGCAGAAAUCUGGGGAAAAUCAGAGUUCGAGGCUGUGCGGCGGGAGUUCCAGUACGAGGAUGUCAUCCAGAAGGAUGCAGUGCUUAAGGAUUGGCUGGAGGCACUGGCCAUCCAGGGAUUCGCCAUUCUGAAAGGCGCUCCCAACGAUGUGAAUGUGGCCCGGCAUUUGGCCAACAGGAUUGGCUACAUAAAGCGCACCACCUACGGCGACGUUUUCGAGGUGAAAUCCAAGCCAAAUGCCGGGAACUACGCCUAUUUGAUGACUCCUCUGCCGCUGCACACGGACAUGCCGUACUACGAGUACAAGGCGGGCAUCAACAUCCUGCACACCCUCGUCCAGUCGUCAUCCAAAGGAGGAGCUAAUACCCUCACCGAUGGCUUUAAUGUGGCUUCGCGGCUCCGGAAAGACUUUCCAGAGGACUUUGAGGUACUGCGAACGGUGCCGGUGAAUUGGUUUGACAUCGGACACGAUGGCGAUCAGGCCCAGCCCUUCCACAGCCUGUGGCGAUCGCCGGUGAUCUGUCUGGAUGUGGACGGCGCGAUCACGAGGAUCAAUCAGAACACCACCAAGCGAGACAGCCGCUUCUCUGUUUCCAUGGACGAGGCCAUCGCGUGGUAUCGCGCCUACGAUAGAUUCCUGGAGUUGGCCCAAUCGGAGGCCGUGGAGUUCAAGACCCAGGCGGGCGAUGUCUUUGUGUUUAACAACCUGCGCAUGCUGCACGGCCGAACGGCCUACGAGGAUGCGCCGGGCAACAAGCGGCACUUGGUGGGCGCCUAUGUCGACUGGGACAUUAUCUACUCCAAGCUGCGAACUCUCAAGUUCCCAAACGCCAAGGACUAAGUUUAUAAGCCGCUGUAAUAUAUAAUAAAAAUAAUGUAUAACCUUUGAACUGUAAA